AUAUAAAAUUAUUUUUAACCCAUACUGAAAUGGAGCUAGAAAAAAAAAAUGCUGUAAUAAAAGAAAUGGAAAUAGAUACAAAAAUUAAGGAAAAUCAAAUUAGAACUUUGAAAAAAGACACUAAAUUAUUAUACAAAGAGAAGACCUCAUUAGAGAAACAUAUUGAAAGCUUAAAAGGAAAUGAAAAUUUAUUAGAUAAUAAAUUGUCUAAUGCAUUGUCAGACAUUGAAAAAAAACAAGAAACGGUUAAAGAACUUGAAACUGUGGGGGUACAAUUAAGAGCUGAAAUUCAGCCAUUAGAAUAUAUGAAAAAAUCUUUAGAAAAAAAAUUAGGGUCUUUUAAAGAAUGUAAUAAAAUACAGUCUAAAAAAAUUAAGUAUUUAGAAAGUAACAACAUUGAACUUUUAAAUGAAUGUAAUAUCUUAAAAGAGGACAAAAAAAUUUUAGAAGAUCGAAUAGAUACAUUAGUUAAAAAAGAAAUAUCUGAUAAAAAUUAUAUUGAGACACUUACCAAUACAAUACAAGAAGAACAUUAUACCCAACAAGAGGUGCUACAAAAAAUCACUAAAUCAAAUGAUUUCAUAAACCAUCUUAAAAAUAUGCAUUCAACUUAUGAAUCCGAAAUAAUAGAAAAAGUAAACAUUUAUCAAAAUACUAUAAAAAGAUUUGAGUCAAAAAAUGUAAAACUCUUUGAAGAGAAUGUGUAA